GUGUAAUAUGUUUUGGUUUUCUUCCAUGUCUUUCCUACUUCUUGAGUGACCAAAAAAUACAAUAACAAAAUGGACUACUAUUUUGCAAAGUUCCGAAAACGAGCAACGCCACCCAAAGUGCAACCUACUAGCUCCAUGCAAUUAGCCAAAUUUCAUAAAUGUUGGGAUUAUGUUCAUAAUAUUUUUAUUGCGGAAGAUAGAAAAGCUAAUCUGCAUAUCAAACAGACUGAAAUACCAGAGAAAUUACGUACGAUGGUGGAUCUGCUGGUAGACGAAGAAGCGCGUCAGGAAGACCAGGACACAACAACGGGGGUUUGUAUGGAGUAUCUGCUAAAGCACAAUCUUUUGAACUACUUGGUCAAUGUUUGUGAAAAGCAAGAUUACCCCGAAGGCAUGCGAGGAGAGACGAUAAGAACAAUUGCUUCAAUGGUAGACUUAUUGGAUGACCAUCGGUUCCUCGUACAUCAUGCUGUACAUACACCUACCAUUAAAUUAUUGAGAUACUGUUGUUCGAAUUCUAUGGCGACAGCAGCUAGUUUCACUUCUACCAUGGACCAGCUCAAUAAUCUUAGUAAUACCGACCUGUACCAUGAAGAUUUGGUAGAUCUCAUGUAUAUCAUAUGUUCGAAAAUUCAUGGAUUUCCUGCACUAUUGAAUAUCUUUUUCCAUGACAAGCAAUGGCUGACAAUGCCUCAAAAAAAACAACAGAAUCAGCCACAGCAGCGAUAUGGCCCUGUUCAACAUGGCCAUAGAGAGUCUAACGAAGAAGAAGAAGAAGAAGAAGAGGAGGAAGAACAGCCAGAAUACGAAUUUUUGUUGUUUUCCUAUUUGCUCAAGUUUGUUCACAGAGAAGGGCGAUUGGGUGAUUAUGCACGCACAGGGCUUUUGUUUAUUAUGGAAAUGGCCACGCCAUCUCAUCCUCUGACGCAAUUCAUAUUGCAAUCUGACUUUGCUAUCAUCAUGGCCGCUGGAUUAGGCGCAUUAUAUUCACAGCUUCCACGGAAACUGCAAAUUUUUGAAGACGAAAAGGAGCACACGUCUUCCUAUCUUUUGAGUCAAGAAUGCCUGCCUAAGCAUUAUUCCAUCACAAGUGAUUUUGGCAUAGAGCAACAGUCUUGUUCCGAACAGUUCAAGUAUCAGCUAGAUUCAUUUUUGAAACUAUUGGAGUUUUACCAAGAUGUGCUUUCACGGACGUCUGACAUUGGUAUUUCGGCAAAGCUUUUGCAAAGUAUUCGUAUGAUUUUUUUAGAGAAUAUCUUGUAUCCAUCCAUUUUGGAAUGCUCCGAUGCCGAUGGUUCUUCCGUUGCCGUGAUUAGCUAUAUCAAUGUCAUGUUACAGAGCAUUCAACAGCAAGAAUUAGCGGAUGUCAUUGUCGGUUACUUGAUGAACGAUCCAUCCACGCCUGACGUCACGCAUAGCAAAAAGCACAAACAGCAGCAUAGUCAUCCGUAUAUUAACAUGCAAGCGGAAAGGUUCACAUUGAAAGACUUGAUUUUCAGUCGCUUGAAAUCAAAGUCUCAACCGACGGUGAUUGUAACACUCCGACUUUUACGUACCGUCCUUUUGAAGCAUUGUAAGUUUGCUGAACAGCUAUUGACGGUCGAUGAUCUGUAUCCCUCCAAGCCAGAGUCAGCUUUUGGCACAGCCAGCAUUUCGCAUCAUCAAAAGGAAGUGGAGCUCUACUUUGCCCUCAUCAGCGCGAUUGACCGCUUCUCGCCUAUGAAAAAGUAUGACUGGCUAUCAUUGGGUUACGAAGACUAUAUCAAAGAUAUAGAAAGUAUGAUGGACAGCGAUCCUUGUUUUCAGGAUUUGAUGGAACAUUCUCCUCAUCCGUACCCGUAUGCCACGAAGGGUACGACAGGCCUUUUAUCGAAGAGUGAAAGACGAAGAAGUUUUAAAUACGGUCAGCAGCAAAAGAACAAAAGCCAGGAAUACGAUAUGUACCGUAGCUGUUCUUCGUCUUCGACCACACGUAACAAUAACCAGCAGCAGCAGCAACAGAGACAGCAGCGAUUGAGCUCAAGGGAUCCACUUUUGCACUUGCUGCAAGACAUAUUGUCCCAUUUCUUUGCUCAGUCUUCUGAACUGAAUUUGGCUCUUACCGGUGUGCUCUCUGCUUUGGCUAUUUGUCCUUACCGUAGUUUAGAAGGGUGGCUGACAUUUUCAGAGAACGAUCGAACGCAUCCCAAUGAUACAUUGAACCUUUCGAGCCCAUCCGAUAACACACCCAGUGCGCGCACGGUAGCGACUGCGGUAAAGAGUAAGAAAUCGGCCAUCUUGGUUCUGGACAACGUACUCGACUCGAUGCAGCAGCCGUCUCGUCAACCCUACUAUUACUCUCAACGUCCUUUUCGACAUCGUCGUCGCUCCUCUGUUUUGCCGACGGCGACUCACAAACAAGGCGAAGAAGGAGGAAAAGACGAGGAGGAGGAUUUGGAUGACGACAAAUCGAUUGACUUUGCAGCCGAGCUGCAUUCUUUUGAAAUGACGUAUCCUACCCAAUUCAAAUCGUUUCCACCCUUCUACACACUUUUCCGUACCUUGACGCAACAGAUUGAUUAUUAUCGAUCUGAAAUUGGAGAUCAGCAGUUUGAUCAAUUUUUGGAGGAGAGGCGACAGGGACUUUUGUUUGGAGAAGUGACAGAGAGUAUCGAUCCGCCUUCUUUGAGCCAUAGCAGCAGCAGCCAUCAUAACAGCAAGCGGACGUCUUCUCGGUUAUUUGGAUUCAUGUCGUCUUCGUUGCCGUCCCCUGUUCCGACGCCGAGGAAGCGAAGGAAUUCCACAGCGAGUUUGAUGUCUACUCUUACCUUUACGGACACCUAUCAGCAGCUAUCAGCGUCCCAGGCUACCCUCCCAACGACGAUGACGACGACGACGACGACGACGACGACGACCCUUUCCUCUACGCCCUCCAGUGCGAGUGCUGCUGCCGGUAGUGCUACAGCCCAAGCUCCACAGCUGGCCGUUUAUCCCAGUAUUGACUUGCAUAUCAAGAAAACACUGCCGAUACGCGUUCAACCUUUAUUCCCAUCUCAUUAUUAUGAUAUCCAGCCUGAUCCGGUACUCAAUUUAGAUGAAGAAGACGAAGAUGUGUUUGCACCGAUCACUCAUUAUAAAAAAAAGGGGCUAGAGAAGAAACUCUCUCUGUCCAUGAUUUUGAAUAAUGUGGUCAUUCUAGAAGAAUGUAUCAAAGAAGUGAUUGCCAUUAUACAAGUCAGACGUAGUUUAGGCAUAGAUACCAUAAAGUAUACCAGUUUCAAUAUGAGCGGGGGGGGGAGUGAUUGAAUAAAACUUUAUUAUUUUGUGGAUGGUUUUUGUUGAGUGGCCGAACGACAAUCGGGUGGUAUAGGUUGAUCCGAAGGUAUAGGGUCGUGCAGUACAUGUCCAAUUUUGUAAUAGGUAUGAUGGUUUUCAUAAAAGGAUUUCCAAUGGUUCAGUGCCUUCCUUUGCUGCUCGUUGAAGCCUCGAAUAUCGUGCGUGAGAUGUUCUUUAAAACAGCCGGUAACGUACGCACGGGCCGCAUCUUUGCCUGCAAAAUG